UUGUUUUGUCUCUCUUUUCUAUAAAUGCCUGUAUUGGGAAUUUAAUUCUAUAGAGUUUUUGGCCUAUGGGAUUAUAUAUUGAUGAAGCUGACUUACAUAGCUGUUCAAAAUUAAUGUUUUUCUAUUUUUCAGCCAAUCGUAAUAACCCACUAAAUAUAAUUUGCUAGCAUUACCAGUGUAAUAUAUCCCAGAAACCCAACUUUUCCUGGAGUGUCAAAAAAAAAAAAAAAAAUCCCCAAAAUGGAGUUUUCUAUCCAGUGUUAUUUGGACUGAAAAUUUCACUAGACGUGUAAUGUUUUUAUAAUGCUUUGCAUUCUCAAGCAAAUGGUACUUUAAAUUAAAGAAGUAAAUUAAUAUAGGGUAAGCUGAUUUGGAUCAGAAGCCCAAGAACAGGGAAGAAAUAAAUCAGGGGAAGCAGAAACCAGAUUUUAUGACAGUUUUCAACAGAUUGAAAAAACUAGUUAAAAAGGCUUCAUAGGAAAAACCACAGUUGAUGUUCGAUUGGCUUUUAAAAAAAAAUUAACUGUAUCAAAAUUUAAAACCAAGACAGAUAUCCACCAUCAUAAAAGAAAAUGUUUCUAACGGUGGCUUAAGCAAAAAUAUAAUUAAGAAAAUAAAUCUUGCCCAAAGCCACAUAUGAUAUAUUCCAAAGCCAGAAAUCAAAUUUUUUCUGAUUAUCUUGUGUUGUGGAUAAUCUGAUAUUUUUGUAUAUUUCAUUUAGCCCAGAUGACCAAGGGUUGGUUGGCUUUGUGAAGGGAUAUAGGGUUCAUAAAGUUUGGCCAGAUUUAAAGAAGCAGGCUCAGGCUUUAAGAAGAUGCCAGUCUCAUACACAAACUGAGAAGUUUGAAAUGUAAUCAAAUAAAUGACUGAAGGAAACAGGAGUGGCUCAAAAAGAAGGAUCUGAGGCAGAUUACCAAGGACAGGUACAAAGAAAUAAUAAAAGCUUGCCAGGGCUAUGAUCAGGGAAGAAGGAAAUGGGAUACAUCUUGACAUGAAAGGAAAAAGGCAUAAAAAGAAAAAAUACCCUCCAAUACCUCAGCAACAGGAAGAGAGUGAUGAAACUUUACCUCCGUCUUGAUUGGGGUUAGAUACCUCAUUGUAGGUAUCACCAAAAAGUCACAAGAUUUUUCUAUUACAUACAAAAAUUAAUCUUGGGGGAGGGGGGUGGAUAAAGUGCAUUAUGAGCAGCUAUAGUUGUGUAUAUGAGAAUGUAAAGCUUGAAAUUGACAAAGAUAAAUUUAAAAAAUAGAGGGGGACCCCCUGCAAUUUCAGUUGAGUUAUUGGAAAGGGAGGGCUAUGUUAUAAAAAGUUGAAACUCUUAACUAAAUUGAUUUCUGGAUUGACUGCAGAUAUGAAUGAGUCAAACAGCACAUUUAUUAGGGGUGUACUCUUUACACAUCCUGAGGUGGAUACCAAAAGUUAGGGGCACGGGUCCCUGCCCAGAAUGAGGAUUAUGAGAAUUUUAAAGGAGCUAUAUACAUAUGCAAAGAUAAACAAUUAUCAGACAGCUGGGAAGUGCCAAAUUCAUGGUAUGAAGGAGAAAGAGACUGGAGGAUUGGGGACCUAAUCUUAGUAGGGAUAGUAGAGUUUGACCCUGGCCUCAAAGGAUGGUUAACAUGAGUAUGGAGGAAGGGAAGUAGGGGAGGUGAAAGGGAGAGGCCAUUCAUCCAUCCAUCCCUUCAUUCAGCAGAUUUGUUUGGAACCUCUGCUGUGUGCUAGACACUGUUCUCCGAACCUGGAAUAGAGUGGAAAAUAAGAUAAGGUUUCUGCCCUUAUGGAAUUUACAUUCUAGUGGGAGAAGACAGAAGGGCAGUAAACAAGUAAACACUACAUGGAAAAUCUGAUGUCAGAGAGUGAUGUCUUGUGAAGAUAGUAAUGAACAGAGUAGAGGAAAUUAUACGGUGCUCUUUAUAGCCCCACUUAUUCUGUGAAUAACCUAUUUUGCCUGUGAUAUCCUGGUGAAUAAUGUUAAUGAUUUAACUUUUUAUUAUUUAUUUGCAGUCCAAACCAAUUUGAAUAGACGUCUACACAUUAAUUGACUUCAUCUUUAACCAAUUUUUAAAAGGAAACCUACGUAAUAUUUUGUAGAUUGAAGCAUGCAGCUUUGAGUUUUUCACAAUUUGUAUGCAAUUCUUCUGCUAUUAUUUGCUAAGAACCUCAUGUUUUUACAGUGAGGUUAAUGUCAUUCUUUACAGUUUACUUAGAGUCGUAUGUAUUGGGCUGUAUACUUAGGUAAGAUUCUCCAUUAAGAACGAUAAUCACAAUAGUGCUAUAAAGUGAAGCUAAACUCCAAGGACAGUUUGUUUUGAUGGUACCUUGUAUGAGAGCGCACAAAACAAAAGAUGUACAGAAACUACGAGUAAGCUCUUCAGCUCAGUUACCAGAAAAUGGGGUCAAGGGUGACACCCCCUCCAGGCCUCAUCCACGUGGUGCAGGAAUCUAAUGGACAUGAAUUACCCGUUUCACAGAUGAGGAAACUAAGACCUGAGAGAGACUAAUUUAUCCAAAUCCCAAAGCAAGUAAGAAGUGGCAGCGGACCUGGAGCCGAGACCUUCUGACUCAUUCUCAGGCUUUUCAGCCCCGUGUAAAGCUGUUGGAGCGAGGGAACAGAGGUAAAGAAUGAUGUAAUGCACUGGCUGCCCCAAAGCAUCUUUUGUUGGAAUGGUUAUUCCAGUCAUCUCUUUAUGAAUCAAAUGUGAGGGGCUGCUUUGUGGCAGGAGGCCUCUGCGAGAGCACAUCAACGGGAAAGAGAAAGAGACAUUCACUUGGAGGGCUCUUGCUGAAAAUGGGUUUAACUCUCCUCUUGCCAGUUGCCACCAGCCUGACCUCAUACAUUUCAGUACAAUGGAGUGGCUGAGCCUUUGAGCACACCACCAUUACAUCAUCGUGGCAAGUUAAAGGAGGAGGUGGGAAAAGAGGACUUAUUGUUGUCAUGGCCCAUGAGAUGAUUGGAACUCAAAUUGUUACUGAGAGGUUGGUGGCUCUGCUGGAAAGUGGAACGGAAAAAGUGCUGCUAAUUGAUAGCCGGCCAUUUGUGGAAUACAAUACGUCCCACAUUUUGGAAGCCAUUAAUAUCAACUGCUCCAAGCUUAUGAAGCGAAGGUUGCAACAGGACAAAGUGUUAAUUACAGAGCUCAUCCAGCACUCAGCCAAACAUAAGGUCGACACUGAUUGCAGUCAGAAGGUUGUAGUUUACGAUCAGAGCUCCCAAGAUGUGGCCUCUCUGGCCUCAGACUGUUUUCUCACUGUACUCCUGGGUAAACUGGAGAAGAGCUUCAGCUCUGUUCACCUGCUUGCAGGUGGGUUUGCCGAGUUCUCCCGCUGUUUCCCUGGCCUCUGUGAAGGAAGAUCCACCCUAGUCCCCACCUGCAUUUCUCAGCCUUGCUUACCUGUUGCCAACAUUGGGCCAACCCGAAUUCUGCCCAAUCUCUAUCUUGGCUGCCAGCGCGAUGUCCUCAACAAGGAGCUGAUGCAACAGAAUGGGAUUGGUUAUGUGUUAAAUGCCAGCAACACCUGUCCCAAGCCAGACUUUAUCCCUGAAUCUCAUUUCCUGCGAGUGCCUGUGAAUGAUAGCUUUUGUGAGAAAAUUUUGCCGUGGUUGGACAAAUCAGUAGAUUUCAUUGAGAAAGCAAAAGCCUCCAAUGGAUGUGUCCUGGUGCACUGCUUGGCAGGGAUCUCUCGCUCUGCCACCAUCGCCAUCGCCUACAUCAUGAAGAGGAUGGAUAUGUCCUUGGAUGAAGCUUACAGAUUCGUGAAAGAAAAAAGACCUACUAUAUCUCCGAACUUCAAUUUUCUGGGCCAGCUGCUGGACUACGAGAAGAGGAUUAAGAGCCAGACCGGAGCGGCGGGGCCCAAGAGCAAACUGAAGCUGCUGCACCUGGAGAAGCCAAGCGAGCCCGUCCCCGUCCCCGCCGCCGCCGCGGAGGGCGGCCAGGGAGGCCAGCCGCCCCUCGGGCCGCCCCGCGCCCGCCCCGCCGCCGCCGCCGCCGCUCCCCCGGAGGCGGCGGGGCCCCGGCCUGUGCCCCCCGCCGGUGCGCCCGGCGCCCAGCCCUCGCCGCCCGACGAGGGCCCCCUGGUCCAGGCGCUCAACGGGCUCCACCUGCCCGCGGACCGGCGGGAGGACAGCGGCCGCCUCAAGCGCUCCUUCUCCCUGGACAUCAAGGCGGUGUCGCCGUCGGCCGGCGCGGCCGCGCCCCUGCGCGGUCUCUCCUCCCCGGAGGCGGCCCCGGAGCCCUACAAGCCCUCCUCCGGCCUGGAGGGCGCCGGCAAGCCGUGCCAGUUCUCCCCGGUGCGGGAGGUGUCGGAGCAGACGCCGGAGGCCAGCCCCGAGCGGGAGGAGGCCGGCCCCCCGCGGGCUCCCCAGCCUCCUAGGGCCCCCGAGGGCCCGGGCGCGCGGCCGCGCGCGGGGAGGCCGCUCCUGUCGCCCCUGCCCCGCAGCGGCAGCGUGGAGGACCACUGCCAGCCCCGCUUCCUCUUCGGCCUCUCGGCCAGCCAGCAGCACCUGGCCCCGCCCGCCGCCGGGCUGGGCCUCGAGGGCUGGCACUCGGACCUCCUGGCCCCCCAGACCUCCGCCCCCUCCUUGGCCAAGAGCUGGUAUUUCGCCCCUGAGCCCCCCCACUUCUACUCGGCCUCGGCCGUCUACGGAGGCCACGCCGGGCCCCCCGCCUUCAGCUGCGGCCAGCUGCCCGCCUGCGGCGGCGACCCGGGCCACUCCGUGCGCCGGCGGCAGAAGCCCAGCGACAGGGCCGACUCCCGGCGCAGCUGGCACGAGGAGAGUCCCUUCGAGAAGCAGUUCAAACGCAGAAGCUGCCAGAUGGAGUUUGGCGAGAGCAUCAUGUCCGAAAACCGGUCGCGGGAGGAACUGGGGAAGGUGGGCAGCCAGUCGAGCUUUUCAGGCAGCAUGGAAAUCAUCGAGGUCUCCUGAGAAGACAGACACUUGUGACUUCUAUGGACAGCUUUUUUCUUGUUCACAAAAAAAUAUUCCCUGUAAAUCUGAAAUAUAUAUAUGUACAUACAUAUAUAUUUUUGGAAAAUGGAGCUGUGGUGUAAAAGCAAAACGUGGAUCAACACCGUUGUUCUCUUUUAAUAUCUGCAUUUGAGAGAGCAGCUAGUAUUUCUCUCAACACAAGUGGAAGGGCAGAGGCUAGCUUUCCCCCCAGGCACAUGAAACAGUUCUAUGCAGUGGCCCGCACAUCCUCUCGUUCUUACUAAAUCGAGUUCUAGUUGGUGUCAGAGGACAGGAGCGCCCACCACUUUCUUGUCGGGCUACAAAGAGAUCUCAAAUACUAGUCCUGUCCGGUCCCUUCCAUAGUGCACCUUAGCGCUGAGACUGAGCCAGCCUGUGGGUCGGGCGGGGAGAACCUAUUAGGAACAGAACCUAAUGGUAAAUCCAAGAGAAAUGACCGCAUCCAAAGCUGAUUCACAAACCCAAGCGCACCUGACAGACAGACAGCCGAGCGAUGAGACCAUCGUUCUGCUGACCGACCAUUAGGGGCCUUGCCAAGAUCUACUAGAGAGCAACCCCAGUACCUC